GCGGAAUCGGCCUUGAAACUAGCAUCCUAUUUGCCCGCGAGGGCGCCAACGUCCUUAUGGCCGAUAUCUCCACCCCCGCCCUCGUGAAAGCCAUCGCCAAAGUCAGGGAGCUUGUCCCCUCCGCAGCCCGCGUUGAGACCAUCAAGUGCGAUGUCUCCAAGGAAUCCGACGUCCAGGCCAUGAUUGAAUUCCAGGAUGCCUGGGGCGGCACGGAUGUGAUCUUCAACAACGCAGGAAUCAUGCACGCCGAUGAUGCCGAUGCUAUCGAUACCCCUGAGAAGAUUUGGGACAUGACGCAGAAUAUCAAUGUGAAGGGUGUUUGGUUUGGAAGCAAGCAUACAGUGCUGAGUCUGCGGAGACAUAAGAAGACCAAGGGAAGCAUCAUUAACACGGCGAGUGUGGUAGCCCUGGUGGGUAGUGCAACGCCGCAGCUGGCGUACACUGCUUCCAAGGGAGCUGUUCUGGCACUGACGAGGGAACUAUCCAUUGUGCACGCCAGAGAGGGAUUCAGAUUUAAUGCUCUAUGCCCAGCACCGUUGAACACACCUUUGUUGCAAGAUUGGCUGGGUGAUGACCAGGCCAAGCGUCACCGCCGCGAGGUGCACUUCCCGAUGGGAAGAUUCGGUGAGGCUAUUGAGCAAGCCCACGCUGUUGUCUUCCUGGCCAGUGAUGAGAGCAGUUUUGUCAACGGAUCGGACUUUGUUGUUGAUGGUGGCAUGUCCAGGGCGUACGUUACCCCCGAAGGACCGGCUGCUCCAGCCCCAAAGAACCAAGGCCAGUAAACUGGCUUCACUGAAAUACAGAUACGUUGUAGGUCAGUAUCGGUAGAAUAAAGUGCUUUAUCUAUCCUAUUGUAUAGCAUAUACCAGAUAUGGUGUAGGCGGCGUCAACCGGUUCGUACAGCCAUCACGGCCACUGUCAAAACCUUUGGUUCAGGUCCUUUAUAUACCCUGGUUCAUUAAAGAAGACCCAGAAUCAAGGACACCCAGAGUCAGGAUAGUUACAACUAUCACCACUACCCCCAGUAAUACUCACCCCGUCAAACGAAAAGUUCGAGCAGCUCCCAUCCCCG